GUGUCAGACUUUGGUCUCAGCAGGUUCCUGAAGGAGAACUCUUCAGACCCGACCUACACCAGCUCCCUGGGCGGGAAGAUUCCCAUCAGGUGGACGGCUCCUGAAGCCAUCGCCUACAGGAAGUUCACAUCAGCCAGUGACGUGUGGAGUUACGGGAUCGUCAUGUGGGAGGUGAUGUCGUAUGGAGAGAGACCGUACUGGGACAUGAGCAACCAGGACGUGAUAAACGCCAUCGAGCAGGACUACCGCCUGCCGCCGCCGCCCGACUGCCCCGCCUCMCUGCACGCGCUCAUGUUGGACUGCUGGCAGAAGGACCGGGCCAACAGACCCAGGUUCUGUGACAUCGUGGCCUCGCUCGACAGGCUGAUCCGAAACCCCGCCUCCCUGAAGGCCACGCCCCCAGAGGCCCCAAGUCCGUCCCACCCCCUGUUGGACCAGCGAGUCCCCCCUCUUCUGUCAGCCUGUGGUUCUGUCUCUGAGUGGCUCCGGGCCAUAAAGAUGGAGCGAUACGAGCAGAACUUCCUGCAGGCUGGGUUCACCAGCCUGGACGUGGUUUCACAGCUCAACACAGAAGACCUGCUAAGAGUGGGCGUCACCCUCGCUGGACAUCAAAAGAAAAUCCUCUCUUCUAUUCAAACGCUCAGGAUACACAAGGCCCCGCCCAAUUUAUUCUACUGACCAAUCACUGCUUGAUAGUCCAAAGCCACGCCCACUACCUUUGAUCCCACCCACCAGCAGAGACUCCACAUCUCUACGGUUGUACCUGUAAACGUCUGGACUCAGGUGUUCCCAGGCUCCGCCUCCCUGCUCAUUCUAACCAAUCAAAGCCAGGGCCCAGCUGGUUGGUCAGWACUCAGGACACACCAGCCAAUCAACUGCUCAGGAAACUCAAAGCUCCGCCUCCCUGUGCCUGAAUGAAUGUUUUGUAGAAGAAGGCGUGGCUUGUUGUGAUGGACCAAUCACCUUUCAGGACAACAAUCAGACUAUAAGCCAUGAAACCGGACCUCUCUUAAGCUCCGCCCACCUUCUAGAACCAGACUGGACCCCCUGAGUGGAUCAGGAACUGCAGAAGGUCCAGGUAAGGACCAGGUUCUUUUGGACCCUGGGUUCUUGAAGAACCGAACAGAACCUGAUCCUGGAUCAGCUGAUCAGAGCUUUGGGUUCAGCUCAGAAGGUCUGAGAGGACUCUGGGUCCUGCUGAGAUCCAUGGGGUCUCCCAUCAGAACCUCCUSAGACCUGUUGGUCCGGAAUGUUCUGGAUGUGCCUUUUGAAGAAAGUCCUUCAGAACUGUCUUUGGGUCUUACCUUGGUAUGGUGGUCCAGGUUCUGAAGGUCCAGGACAGUCUUCAAGAACWGGACCCCUGUGACUCGUGUGGACCUCCAGGCGAUUGUAGAGUUUGAUAAGUUCUGAAGGAACCGGGUCAUCGGGUCUGAGAUCAGCUUUAGUAUCAGAACCAACAGGAGUCCAGACAGAACCGCUCUGUCAGUCCUGGUUCUGACUCAGCAGAACCUCUGAGGGAACAGGACCCGUUUCAUGUCAGGGUUCCCUGAUAACUGGACUGGUCUCAGUUUCCAGAACUUUAUCAGAACUUCUUUAGAUGAUUCAUGUUMGUUUUUAUUUGGAUCAAAGUUUUUAUAUCAACAUUUUAUCAAAAUAAACAAAUAAAUAAACAAAAAACAAGG